AUGGGUACUCGACGAAAGAUCGAAGCGACUGAGGCGUGCAAGUGGCUCAGGGCGGCCGGCUUCCCGCAAUAUGCUCAGAUGUACGAAGACCUGCAGUUCCCCAUCGACGUGAGCGGUGUGCAGAAGGACCAUCCGUUCCUGGACGCGGACUCCUUGCAGUCGCUGUUUCGCCGCCUGCACGCACUCAACCGGUGCGCCAAGAUGAAGGUGGACAACCUGCCAAAGAACAAGGCCGACGAUUCGGACGAAGACGACCACUGCGCCCUGAGCGAGAACUGGACGUUCCAGCCCGAGUCGCGGCGCUGGUCGCGCGUGUGCGACGUCACGGCCCAGCACGCGGAGCGCCUGCAGGCGCUGUGUGGUGAGUAA